AUGACUGCGGAGAAGGCGCUGCCCCUGGGCAAUGGGAAGGCAGCCGAAGAGGUGCGAGAGUCCGAGGCGCUCGGUGGCGGCGGCGGCGGCGGCAACGGGAGCGCGGCGUCCGUGCGUGACAAGCGCGACAAGGCGGUCCACGAGCGCGGCCACUGGAACAACAAGGUGGAGUUCGUCCUGAGCGUGGCCGGGGAGAUUAUCGGCUUGGGCAACGUUUGGCGCUUUCCCUACCUGUGCUACAAGAACGGAGGAGGGGCAUUUCUGAUUCCAUAUGUGGUAUUUUUUAUUUGCUGUGGAAUCCCUGUUUUUUUCCUGGAAACGGCUCUGGGACAAUUCACAAGUGAAGGUGGUAUUACAUGUUGGAGGAAAGUCUGCCCUUUAUUUGAAGGCAUUGGCUACGCAACACAGGUAAUUGAGGCCCAUCUGAACGUAUACUACAUCAUCAUCUUAGCCUGGGCCAUUUUCUACCUGUGCAACUGCUUCACUGCUGAGCUCCCCUGGGCCUCCUGUGGGCAUGAGUGGAACACAGAGAAUUGUGUGGAGUUCCAGAAGCUGAAUGUGAGCAACUACAGCCACGUGCCCCUGCAGAAUGCCACCUCCCCUGUCAUAGAGUUCUGGGAGUAA